AUGCCAAACAACACAAUAUUCCUCAGGGAUUUGUCAACAGGAUCACUCUUGCUAACACAGACUUUCACAGGAAUCCUGGGAAAUUUCUGUCUCCUUUACCACUACCUCUCCCUUUACCAUAUUAAUUGCAGGUUGAGGGACACAGACUUGAUUCUUAUGCACAUGACACUCGCCAACUCCUUGACCAUUCUCUCCAAAUCAGUUCCCAAGACAAUGGGAGCAUUGGGGUUGAAGGAUGUCAUCAGUGAUUUUGGAUGCAAAAUAAUUUUGUAUUUUGAGAGAGUGGCCAGGGGGGUGUCCAUUGGCACCACCUGCCUCUUGAGUGUCUACCAGACCAUCAUGAUCAGCCCCAUGAACUCCUGCUGGAAGGAUCUGAAAGUCAGAGCUCCAAAGUAUGUUGGCUGCUCCCUUUCCCUCUGCUGGAUUCUGUACAUCUUGGUCAAUUUGAUUUUUCCUACAUAUGUGUCCUAUGUAUCUGGUCAAUGGAACAACAGAGACUCUGUUAAGAAAACAGAUUUGCAAUACUGUUCUGCAGACCAUGAGGAAAUAUUAAGCUUAAUAUAUGUAGCAUUCAUAGUAUUUCCUGAGGUUUUGUUUUCUGUGCUCAUCAUCUGGUCCAGUGGCUCCAUGGUUUUCAUCUUGUUCAGGCACAAACACCGGGUCCAGCACAUUCACAGGACUAAGCUUUCCCCCAGACCCUCAGCUGAGUCCAGAGCCACACAAAGCAUCCUCCUUCUGCUGAGCACCUUUGUAUGUUUCCACACCCUUUCCUCCAUGUUUAGUAUUUAUCUGGCUCAUUAUCAGAAUCCAAAGAAAUGGCUGGUGAACAUCACUCAAUUAGUUUCUCUAGGUUUUCCCACUGUGAGCCCCUUUAUUUUCCUAAGCCGUGACUCUAUACUCUAUGCUGAUUUAUCUACCUGCAUUAAGAGUAGAAAAAAAUAUGAGAAAUAUGUAAAUUAUAGAAUUCAGUCUUUGUUCUCAAACAACCAGUAG